GGCAACCAAUCUGUGUAUCCCUAAUCAUCACCACACAACUUCCGAAUAAUACAGUGACGCAAUCAUCUGAAACUAAAAGUGGAAUUUAACUUGGCAACUUGGGUGAAUAGGUGGCUUUCUACAUAGCUAGCUAAAUAACUCUACCCACGACACCGAGGAUUUGUUUGAUGAAAGCAAGGAGGCAAGGGGGUCGGCUAGUUACAUCACCUCACUCUACAUCCUGAUCUGUGAGACAAUGGCUAGCGCUGCCCCUCCAACAGCCGCUGCCUCGACUGCCACUGAGAACCCCAGCCCCGGUUCCAGCAGCUCGACAGCGGGGGAGGGUGGCAAUCAGGACAGCACAUUUGAAUGCAACAUCUGCCUGGACACCUCCAAGGAUGCAGUGAUCAGUCUGUGUGGGCAUCUCUUUUGUUGGCCCUGCUUACAUCAGUGGUUGGAGACCAGACCAAACAGACAAGUAUGUCCAGUGUGCAAAGCAGGCAUCAGUCGAGACAAAGUCAUCCCACUAUAUGGCAGGGGAAGCACGGGCCAACAAGACCCAAGGGAGCGAACGCCUCCUCGACCACAAGGACAGAGGCCAGAGCCUGAAAAUCGUGGUGGAUUUCAGGGUUUCGGCUUUGGCGAUGGAGGAUUCCAGAUGUCUUUUGGCAUUGGUGCCUUUCCAUUUGGCAUUUUCGCUACAGCUUUUAACAUCAAUGAUGGAAGACCACCCCCAGCUGCCCCUGGGACCCCCCAACACAUGGAUGAACAGUUCCUGUCUCGACUCUUUCUAUUUGUGGCUCUGGUGAUCAUGUUUUGGCUGCUAAUCGCAUAAAUGUCUGUGCGGUCAGGACCAAGGCUCAAGUUGGACAGUUCUUAAUACUCUGUUUCCAGAUACUUGUUUGAUUUUUGUCAUUUUCCGCAUUUAAGUAUUGACUUCUUGACUUGAUUAGCCAUUUAUUUAAUUUUAGUAAUCGAGAUAACUACUGUUUGAUUACACCUGUACUAUGAAUCCUACAGAAGUCUGAAAUAGUUUUGUUCGAACAACUAAUGGUGUAAACUUAAAAUGGCCCUGCCUCUCAUUUCCAUCAAGGUUAUUAUGUUUUCAAUAGACAUUUAAGUGUACCUGGUUGGCAAUAUAGAACCAGAUACUAAAAGAGAGAUGGCAAAUCGGUAAAUGUAAGCUACCAGAUGUACCCUCUGUGCUUGUAUGGAUAUAGAUUACAAGUGGUAUGUCCUGUUUCUGAACUAAAUAUGAUAUAUCAAUUCAGGAAGA